ACACACAAAAACUCAUUUUAUAGGAAGAGGACCUUCCAAAACUCACAAAACUAAACAAUUACUUCUGAUAUCAUAUUAUCUUAGUCAUGGCAGAGGAGUUUCAUGCGGGUAUUCGCGGCGGAGGCUGGUGGAAUAUGGAUUCGUCGAGAAAUGUGCUCGCGGGAGGCUCGCCGUGUGCUACGGCCAUUACUAGUAAUUAUAUGGGUUGGGGUGUUGAUUAUAUGGACAUGAAAACAACGUCUUGUGAUCAAGACUCUAAUAAUUCUGCCUCGGCCGAUAGCUUUCAAACACCUCAGAAACCUCAACAACAGACGGAUUCGGAUCAUAGCGGAGGCAGUAGCAGUAGUCGUUUGAUUGAUUCAACCUUGCAAAUGAUGGGUUUUGGGCUCCAAUCAUCCUCAGAUUGGAACCCAACUUCACUUAGUACUGGAGAAGAUUCUUCUGUACUUAACAACUUCAUUGCGAUGAAUCAAGAAUUCUCUUUAGAUCAACAAAGACUGAAUUCUAUCAACACUUCAAGCAAUAGUACAACUUCUUGUCAAGGCUUGUCUGCUGGGUUUCCAGUAUCAGCUACUGCUUCUUAUGGGUACACUUCAACAUUGAUACAAAGUUUGAUUGAAACAUCAGAUCCGCAACAAUCUUUAUUCAACAAUCGGUCGAUGAAUUAUCCGGCUGCCGCGACGGGCAAUUAUGGGACUGAUUUGAAUGAUCAAUUAAUGCCUUCUGCUUACAAUUACUUGAAACCCUCAUUGCAACCCACAGGCUUACACUUCACCAACAACACACCCUUUUGGAAUGCCUCAUCUGGGACUGCUUUAAGUGACAACAAAGCAGCUGGAUUCUUUCCGUCAACUCAACAAGCACAAUUUCUUGGACCAACAACAUUUGAGAAAAAACCCAAUUCUUCCCUCCCAACAAAGGUUAACACUGAAGAAGUUGGAGAGAUGGUUAACAAAGGAAGCAAUGAACCUCCAUUCAAGAAGCCUCGAAUUGAGACACCCUCUCCAUUACCGACUUUUAAGGUGCGAAAAGAGAAGCUAGGGGACCGCAUAACUGUGCUCCAGCAAUUGGUUUCACCUUUUGGAAAGACGGAUACAGCAUCAGUUCUUCAAGAAGCUGUAGAGUACAUCAAGUUCCUUCACGAUCAAGUAAAUGUUUUGAGUACUCCUUAUAUGAAAAAUGGUCAUUCCAUUCAGCAGUCUUGUGAUCAAUUGGACUCAUCAGAAGGGGAAAAGCAAGACCUAAAGAGUCGAGGACUUUGUUUGGUACCCAUUUCCAGCACAUUCCCGGUCGCCAAUGAAACUAAUAAUGCUGAUUAUUGGACACCAACGUUUGGUGCAACUUUCAGGUAGAGACAAGACAAAGUUACAAAAACUUAUAAAUAUUCUCGUUUGAUUACAAAUGAAAAGAGAGGGAGCUAGCUAGGACCAGCUAGAAAGCAAAUGAUUAGAUUUAGCUAGGAAUAUAUCUUUGUAAUAACCUAAUUGAUAAGUAUUUUUUUUGUUAUUAUUUAUAGUUUUAAAUUAAAGGUGGGUUAGGCACAGGAACAAGUGCUAAAUUCAGAGAGAUAAUUUAAUUAGGAGCUGAAUUUAGUAGAUUGGGGAUGAAGGGCCUUUUGUUCCUGUGACUUCUCUCCAUGUUUAUGUGUUUAAUUUUGUAGACUAAGGGAUUCUAGAACCAUCACCUUUUUUAUUAUUUCAACGAAACAAAAAUAAACAAAAAGGAAAUUAUUUAUUUUUCUUUAUUGAAUUAUUGCUUGUUAUUCAAGAUUAUUAAUGGAAGUGAAUGGAGAUAAUUUCUGGAUUCA